AUGGACUUUGACGAUAGGCCGGGACCGGAAGAGCCUUUCCCAUACCCACUUAACAUAACGCGGGAGGACUUUGCCGAUGUGGCGCUGUUUGAUCCCGACGAAUUUCUCUUCAAAAACCACCGGUAUACGUCGCUCGACUCGCUAAUUGCAGACCUCCGAUCGCUCUCGAAGUCCCUCAAUCAAGACUUGCUUGACUUGGUAAAUAAUGAGUAUACUAACUUCAUUGAACUAGGCCAGUCUAUUGGCAGCUGCCUCGAACUCAUCGACAAUUUGUCUGUGGAGGUGUGCAAAUUCAAGGCCUCAUUGGGCCAAACGUUUGUUGAUUUUUCGGAGUCUUCCGCCACCGCAAAAGCGAUUCUCCAGCACAAGCGGUCGCUCAAUCUCUUGAAGAACAAAAUCAAGGUCAUUCUCUUGCUCCAUGAGCAAUGCAUCUCUUUCGAAACACUUCUAGCCUUGGACGUGGCUGACCUUUCUCCUGGGCGCUUGGACAUGAAGUUGCAUACAUUAACAACCCUCCAUCUCUCCAUUGGGAAGAUGUAUGCUUUGAUUAUUGAAUCUAACCUGGCUAACACGGAAACCUGCCAGUUUUUUGACAAUGUGGUCAAAACAAAAGUGUUGACUCUCAAGUUCGAGUUCAAACUGUACUUGGACGAGCUCUUGGUGAUGGCCCGGUCUCGGUCGCAAGAAUACAGAAACUUGAUAUUGUCCAUACUACAGACCUACAGAAUAUUGGGGAUGAGUUCCGAAGCCGUGCAGACGCUCCGAAACAAAGUUUAG